AUGGGAGAUUAAGAUAAUUAGAAGAUUCAAGAUUAUGUUGAUCAUAUUUUUGAAGUAAACAGGAUUUCCUCUUCAAAUCCAGGCAUUUAUAAUUAUAGAGAAGAGAGUGACUAGAUAUUUUAGCAAUUAUGUGAUGAGAAUAAUUAUUAGAAAUCAAACCAGUGCAUAGUUUGCAAGAAGCAGUUUAACAUGAUGAAGAGUGCGAAGACUUGCAAGUUUUGUGGCUGCACUGUUUGUGAAGAGUGUUCUCCAAAGAAAAGAGCAAAUCCAAGAUAAAAAUCAGAGUUUGUGCGAAUUUGUGAUAUAUGUGACGAAAAGUAUCUACGAGCUUUCCUCUCAUAGGAUUUUAAGAUGCAAAAAAAUCUAUUACAAGAUGAAAUAAAGAGGCUGGAGGAAGAAAACAAAAAGCUGAAAGAAAUCCUAGACAAGGGUUAGUAAGACAAAUUAAAGCUUGAAAAAGAAUAUAAUACUUAAAAGAAUCCCUUAGAUUUGUAAAUUAGCUCAGAAGAAAAUAAGCUAAAGAAAUAGAAACAAAAACUGGAUCAGAUUAAAAAAGAAAUAUAAGAAGUAGAAGAAUAAACUGAGAAAGCAAGAAAUCAGAAAGCAGUCAACGAAGAAAAUAUUACAGAUAACAUUUCAAGAAUUUAGCAAAGCAAAUAUUAGCUGGAAAUAACGAACACAGAAAUAGAAAGAAUAUCCAAUAAAUAGAAAGUGACUUUGGAUGAAUUGACAACUGAAAACUAGAAUGUGACGUCGUAUUAACUCAAUAAUAGAAAGGGAAUGGAUUCUGUUUUAAAUAGCAGAUUUAGAUCAAAAUAAAAUAUUAGCAAAUAUCCACAAAAGGAAUCUACUUUAACAAAUUAAGGAUACGAUGAUGUAUUUAGAUCAUAAAAUAAUAACGCCGACUCUAUCGAUAACUAUUUGAUAGGUCUUCCUUCUUAGUUUAGUAAAAACCAAUCUUUCGAUAUUAACAAAUGA